UUCACUCUGCUCGAGGGCUGCUGGAAGAGCCCUUGUAGAGGCGGAGCUGCGUCUCUCCCUCAUCAUGAAUAGAGGUUUCUCUCGGAAAAGUCACACAUUUUUGCCUAAGAUUUUCUUCCGAAAGAUGUCGUCCUCAGCUGCGAAGGACAAGCCUGAACUACAGUUCCCUUUCCUGACGGAUGAGGGGACUGUGAAUACACUUCGUGAAUGCAAGACUCUCUUCGUCCUUCGGGGGCUGCCAGGCAGUGGGAAGUCCACUGUUGCCCGGGCCAUCGAGGACAGGUACCGAGAUGGCACCAAGAUAGUGUCCGCUGAUGCCUACAAGAUAACUCCAGGCUCCCGAGCUGCCUUCCAGGAGCAAUACAAGCAACUGGAUGAGGAGCUGGAUAACUACUGCCGCCGUGCCAUUAGUAUCCUUGUCCUGGAUGACACUCACCAUGAGCGUGAUCGCCUGGAGAAGAUCUUUGACCUGGCUGACCAGUAUCAGUAUAUGGUGGUGCUGGUAGAGCCCAAGACAUCAUUUCGGCUGGACUGUACUGUGCUUAAGGAGAAGAACCAAUGGCAGCUCUCUGCUGAAGAUCUGAAGAAGCUGAAACCUGGAGUGGAGAAGGACUUUCUGCCACUCUACUUUGGCUGGUUCCUGAGCAAGAAGAGCUCGGAGAGCUUGAAAAAGGCUGGAAUGGCCUUUCUGGAUGAGCUGAGCAACCACAAGGCUUUCAAGAAGGAGAUUCAGCACUUUGUGUCUGGGGAUGAACUUAAGGAGAAGAUUGCCUUGGCUUCCUACUUUGUGAAGAGGCCUCCACUGUUGCACUGUACCACCAAGUUCUGUGACUACGGGAAGGCAGAUGGGGCCAAUGAGUAUGCCCAGCAGGAGGUGGUGAAGAAAUCCUACUCUAAGGCCUUCACCCUGACUGUCUCUGCGUUGUUUGUAACACCUAAGACAACAGGUGCAAGGGUGGAGCUGAGUGAGCAGGAGCUGCCGCUGUGGCCGACUGAUGUGGACAAGUUGACAACUGACAGCCUGCCCCGAGGCAGCCGUGCCCACAUCACACUGGGCUGUGCAGCAGGCAUAGAGCCUGUACAGACGGGUAUUGACCUGCUGGAGAUGCUUCGGCAAGAGAAGGGGGGAAGUCAAGGAGAGGAGGUGAGCGAGCUAAAUCGGGGCAAGCUCUACUCCUUGGGCAAUGGGCAGUGGAUGCUGCGUCUGACCAAAAAGUUGGAGCUUAGGGCUAUCUUCUCAGGAUACUAUGGGAAAGGCCAAACUGUGCCCACACACAGCAGCCGAAAGGGGGGUGCCUUGCCAUCUUGCACCAUCAUCUAGACAAUAGGCUACCCCUUUCAACUAUUCACCUCCCUUCCUUACAUGGGAGUGAGUAGGAGACAUGCCCUCUACUUGACUUUUUUAUGCCAUUAACUCACCUGUAACUUUUCAAAACUUGUAAAAUAACUGCCCCCCCCCCCCCAACCUAACACCUUAUGCCCCAAGUCAGAAGGAACAUUUAUUUGGGAGAUGGGACCAAAGUCCUGGGAAUCAGGAUAUUUUCCCCUUUCCUUCCUCACUACUCACCUAGGCUCUAGCAGUAGCCCUCCUUGGUUCUUUUGGUCCCACAGUAUCCCACUUUUCUUAAGAGUACUUUGCAGAGAAGGCAGGUAACACUUCCAAAAGAGAUGUGUUUAGAUGGGUGGGGAGAGAAAAAGAUUUUUCUUUUCUCCCUGCCCAGAACCUUCUUUGUUAAUUACUACAGUUCAAGGAAGCCUAGAGCUAGCUGGAAGGUGUGAAGUCUUUAUUCUUCCCUUCCUAAGAGUCUAGUUUUCAUUCUGCCAUUCCCCUGGACCAUUUUUGGGGAGGGGGGGUAGGUGGAGGAGGAGAGUCUCCUUUCAUGAUGAAACCGAUGGGGGAAAAUAGGGAAACUCUAGAAUUAUAAUUGAUGGCGGACAAGGAAAGUGAACAACAGUGAAACAGCUGCCCCCUGUACAAUAUCACUGGCCCAUGUAGAAGGGUAGGGCCUUAGGUAGAGAUUCACCCCAUUCUAGUGAUGUCCACCGCCUGUACAGAUAGGGGAAUUUAGGCCUAAAGGGGUUAAGACGCCUACUCAGGAUUGCUGUCUAUUCAUGGGGAAGUCUCCAACCAGACUCCUCUGCCUACCUUCAUCUGCCUUCCUCUCUAAGGGGGUUUUAACACUGCUUUGCACCCUUUUUUUCCUUUCUCACAUAACCCUCCAGCUGUCAUGCUCCCUUUGGCCUGGGUCUUGUGCAGUGUGGGGGCCUGACUCAUCACAUUGUUUCACAAGUGCUUGGGAUUUGACUUAAACAUCCUGGUUUUGUCCCAUCCCCCCAAAAUUGUAAGACCAUUAAUGAA